AUGAUUCCAUUGUCCGUAUUACCACCGUUGAACACUCUCGACUUUCCACACCUUACCUCUACGAAACCUAUAUUCCCCAUUCUACCGCUGCCCGCCAUGAAGAAGUUUGGCUUCAGCAAGAAAGGCGGCGACGAAGGCGACGAUGCCAGCCGCUCUGCCCUCUUCGGCCGCAAGAGCAAGUCUCCCGCUCCCGGCAACGACAACCCCUAUGCCCAAGCUCCCGCCGGCGGCGAUCCCUACGCUCAGGAUGCGAACAAGUUUGCCGGCAUGACGCCCUAUCAACAAGCACGAGCUGGUGCGCCCCCCGUUGGUGGUGCCCCUGCAGGCCUUCCCGGCGGCCCUCGUGCCGGUGCUGGCUACGGUGCCCCGCCGCAGUCUGCCGGUGGCUACGGCAAUGACAAGUAUGGAGCUGCAGGAGGAUACGGGGCGAAUCGUUACGACGACAACCAGAAUGCCUAUGGCGCGAAUCAACGCUCAGGUGCUGCUGGAGCUCGCGGCCCAGGUGGUUACGGAGGUUUGGGCCGGACCAACAGCAACAGCACGGAUGCUGUGCGCGACGAGCUCUUCAGCGGGGCUCAAGACAGAUAUCAGCAGAACAAACCGCAGGCUGGAGGUUACGGCCAAUCGGCUCCGUCAGGCGCUGAUGGGGGAUACGGUGGAUAUGGCGCUUCUCGUGAGCUCACAGCUGAAGAGCAGGAGGCGGAGGAAUACCGCGCAACCAAGCAACAAAUCAAGGACGUCAGAAACGAGUCUGUUCAGACCGUCCAGAGAAGUGUCCAAAGGUUAGCGCAGAUGGAGGAAAUGGCCGGUGGGUCACUCGCUCGACUCGGUGCCCAAGGCGAGCGUCUACACAACACAGAAAGGAACAUGGACAUGGCGGCAAACCACAACAAGGUGGCGGAAGACCGUGCCAAGGAGUUGAAGACCCUCAACCGCAGUAUGUUCGCAGUUCACGUGGGCAACCCAUUCACAUCGAAGGCGCGAGCGGCAGAGCGAGACGCGGCGGUUCUCGAACGACACCGCCAGGAGCGCGAAGUUCGCGAGGCAACCAGGCAAGAAGCUUUCAAGUCCAACCAGCGGAUGGAAGAAACCUUCAGAGAGAUGACGCUCUCUGGUCGCCCUCAGAGAGGAGCGGGAGGACAACGAAGUCAGGCAGAGAAGUCCAGAUUCGAGAUAGACGAAAGUGAUGAUGAAGCCGCUGCUGAGGCACAAGAGGCAGAGAGGCAGAUUGAGGAGGGCAUUGAUGCGAUGGCCGCCGCGACUGGGCGUUUGAACAUGGUAAGCCACGCUCUAGGGAAAGAGAUCGAUAAUCAGAAUGGUCUCAUCGCAAGUAUUGGCAAAAAGAGCGAUGCCGUCGACGACGGAGUCAGGAUGAACAGAGAGCGCCUGAACCGCAUCAAGUAA